CUGGUGUGACGUUAAUGUGGUGGCUAUCAAUUUGUCAUGGCGGAGGACUGGGGAGGAGGAACAGGAGGCGGAAUAGAAGGAGGAGUUCCCCCCCCCACAGUCAGAGCUUUCUCACAGCCGCAUUCCGGCGCAUAGCACCGGCGCACAGCGCAGCACAGUCCCGGGCCGAGUCACUGUAUAGACAGGCGAGAACGGAAAGUUUCCGCUUGUGUUUUUUUUUUUGUUGUUGUUGUUUUUUUAACACGACGACGGUGUGAUGGUUCCUUUCUUUUACUCUUCUUCUAAGAGGAACCCCAAGAGAAGAUUUAUGUCCACUUUGUAAGUCCGACCUCCUCAUCCUCCUGCGUUGGUGCACCAUGGUGAUCAUGUCAGAGAACAGCCGGGGGCCCCAGCCCAGCGGGCCUCAGGCAAGGCCCUUGCAGGUGGGCUUCUACGAGAUCAUCCGCACCCUGGGCAAAGGCAACUUUGCGGUGGUGAAACUGGCCAAACAUAAAGUCACAAAAACACAGGUGGCUAUAAAGAUAAUCGACAAGACGCGACUAAAUUCGUCCAAUUUGGAGAAAAUCUACAGGGAAGUGCAGAUUAUGAAGCUGCUCAACCAUCCUCACAUCAUCAAACUCUAUCAGGUCAUGGAGACCAAAGACAUGCUGUACAUCGUGACAGAAUAUGCAAAGAACGGGGAGAUGUUUGAUUACCUGACCUCAAACGGCCGCAUGAGUGAAGACGAAGCGCGGAAGAAGUUCUGGCAGAUUCUCACGGCGGUGGACUAUUGCCAUCGGCACCACAUCGUCCACCGCGACCUCAAAACCGAGAACCUGCUGCUGGAUGGCAACAUGAACAUCAAACUGGCCGAUUUUGGAUUUGGCAACUUCUACAAUGCAGGGGAGCCUCUGUCGACAUGGUGUGGCAGCCCCCCUUAUGCGGCCCCCGAAGUCUUUGAGGGCAAGGAGUAUGAAGGUCCUCAACUGGACAUUUGGAGCCUCGGUGUGGUGCUUUACGUUCUCGUGUGCGGCUCGCUUCCCUUCGACGGACCCAGCCUUCCCACACUCAAACAGAGAGUCACCGAGGGACGCUUCAGAAUCCCUUUCUUCAUGUCUCAAGACUGUGAAAACCUGAUCCGGAAGAUGUUGGUGGUGGACCCGGCCAAGAGGAUCACUGUGGCCCAGAUCAAGCAGCACCGCUGGAUGCUGGCAGACCCCUCAGCGGCCCUCCAGACCUUGAGCCACUCCUUGACCGAGUACAACUCCAACUUAGGGGACUACAGUGAACCCGUGCUGGGCAUCAUGAACACCCUGGGGAUUGACCGCCAGAGGACCAUUGAGUCUUUGCAGAGCAGCAGUUACAAUCACUUCUCGGCCAUCUACUACCUGCUGCUGGAGAGGGUCAAAGAGCAUCGGAACCAGCAGCUGAGCAGGCAAUGCGGAAGCUGGAACCAAAGACCCAGAAGCAUCUCCGACACCACCGGAGCGGAGCAAAUAGUCAUGAAGUCCGGCGACUGCUUCAGAACGGCGCCGUUCUCGAUUCCAGCCAAAAACUCCCAAGCUGCUCCGGUCUACUUGGAGAUGGAGUGCGACCAAGGUGGAUUGUUCCAGCGUGUGGUCUUCCCGGUGGAGGCCAGCCUCAACCGACUGUUGUGGAACCGCUCCAUUUCGCCCAACAGCCUGCUGGAGACCAGCAUCAGCGAGGAGGUGCGACCCCGCGACUUGGAGGAGGAGGAGGCGGCACAAAGUCUCGGCCCUCUGCUGCCCCCCGCCGCCACCACCUCCCGCCGGCACACUCUGGCCGAGGUCCACUCUGCCCGUUUUCACCAGUGCAACCCUCCAUGUAUUGUGGUCAUUCCCACCGACGGCGCCUCGUCUGACAGCUGUCUGAAGUCCUCAUCCAGUCCCGCCCCCGCUCUGCAGGCUCCUAUGGGUGACAUGUCAACACCUCCGGCCUGCAGGACUAAAGAGGGGGCCCUCCUGCCUGCCGGCGCCCCCCUGGCCCUCUCCUCCCACCUCCUGCCCCAAGUCCAGGGGAGCCUUCCCGCCGCUACCUUCCAGGAGGGUCGCAGAGCCUCCGACACCUCCCUGACACAAGGCCUCAAAGCUUUCCGCCAGCAGCUGAGGAAAAACACUCGCACCAAAGGGCUCCUGGGAUUGAACAAGAUCAAGGGUUUGACGAGGCAGGUGGCUCCGCCCCCGUCCUCUAACCGGGGCAGCCGCGGCUCCCUGGGCCCCGCCCUUUCUGAGCAUCGCAGCAUGCUGGAGGAAGUCCUGCAUCAGCAGCGGAUGCUGCAGAUCCAGCACCAGCCGCACCAACCUCAGGGCCAGGCUGCUCAGGCAGGACCUACCCAGAAUCCUCUGCUGUUCCUGUCCCAACCGCAGUCGUCCUCUCCUCCGCCUACUUCAGUGUUCGCUCCCUCCCCGUUAAUUGAGGCCUCUGGCCUCCUCCAGAGCAAGCCUCAGCACACACUGCCUCCUUCGCCGGUGGUCCUGCAGCACGGCCUCUGGCAACAGGGCCUGGAGCCCACCAUCACCGCCGCCUCCUCUCUGUCACCCGUGGCCUCUGCCGCUUACCUCCUGGAGGCCCGUCUGCACAUCAGCCCGCAUGUCCAACACCACCACCACCACCACCACCACGUGGGCUUACAACAGCCGGGUGCCGCACACUUCGCCAGCAACAAGCCUGCCGCGUGGGGCGUGGGCUCGGGCGUGGGCUCCAGUGUGGAAGCCGACAUGCAGAAGCCACUGAGCAGCUGCGUGAUGGUCAAAUAAGAGCACCCAAAUAAGAUGAAGAACAAGAGGAUGAGGACAUCAUAUAAGCUAAAAGAGCAAUAACCAAACUCUGCACAGAGAAGCAAUAACAGACUUGAAACCAGGAAGACACCAUCUUUUUUUUAUAGUCCUGGAGUGAGGACCAAAACAAAUCUUCACGUGUCUUCUCGCCUCUUCUGGCUGGCGCCGUGCAAUUCACACGAUUACUAGGAUGAAACUGUGAUCUCUUUUUCUUUUUUAUUUUAAUGUGCAAGCUGUGCAAAUGCUGCUUUUUUUGUACCUCAAAAGACACCCUCAUCAGCCUGCAGAGAAGGAGCAUCGCUUUUAGUCAGCAAAGCACAACGGCAACACGUACUCUGCAUCCGGCGUGUCAUCAAUACCCUCUCUUUUAGUCUACUACCUCCUCAGGACAUCACAUAUUAGGACACACCUUUGUAUGCUUCGUAGAAGGCCCCCUUUUCUGUCUUACGGUGGACAAAGCAAGCAUGACUGCCAAGAGGCUCUACUCAAUUACAAUAUCGGGAGUUAAACACGUGAAAUAUAUGGAAAAAUUGCACAAAAACUACGGUAAUUUAUUUCCCAAAUUCACUGAAAUUUAAUUUUUUUGUGGAAAUAGUCCUGUUAACUCAGCACGUCAGCGGGCCAAAGCCAGUGGUGGUAACCUGCAAAGCACCUGCAAAAAUGUGGAGCACUGCUCUAUCCAAAGGAAGCAAUACCUACUCGCUAAAGCACAACUCCGCCGGGCAGCAUUAUUCUGCCUGAUACAACAAUAGCAUGAAAACAGGAGUUCAGAACAUUCACAUUUUCCCAUACUUAAAAAAACACUACUUUUAGGUAAGUUUCCCAUAGUGGAUCGCAAUAACUUACUUCCAUAACACUGGAUAGAGCCGGCGUAGCGGAUCUAGGAAAUGUAGUCCCGUCCCGAGUGCAACAUGCAACAUGCAUAGCAGGACACAACAGUGCAAUAGGUUGACACGGGAUGGUGACAGGUACGAGAUGCUUGAUUUUUCCCCCACCAUUAUUGUAGUUUUUAUUUCAACCAAAGAGUUGUCACAGUGUAGCGCAGCUCGUGCUGCUGGUUACCGUCACGUAAGCUAGCAAUAUAUCAGCGACAACUAUUAACAAGCUUUUGUUGAGAAAUCUCUGUAAGAAACAUUGCAGCGUUGAUACAGUUGCACUCACGACCAACCCUUGUGCCUUUUUAUAUGAACAAAACAAACAAAAACGUGCAAGGCCCCCCCCCCCCACACACACACAAAAUGCUCUUUGCUGUGUGUGACGAGCAAAAGCAGGAUUGCACUUUAUUCCUCUUGCUCACGUUCGUUUGUUGUCGCGACUGAAACACUAAAAGACUCUUGAUGCAAGACCCUUUUUUGAUAAAACUCUUUGGAUAAGAAGUAUUUCAUGUUGGUUUUUCCUCAUUUGUUACUUGACUGAUUGUGUGUGUGUGCGUGCGUAAGAAUGUCCUUUGGAGAAAGAUUGUUUAUUUAUGUGGCUAUUUAUUUUAAUAAAGUUCACUUGCGAAAUGCCCUCGUGGUU